UUCAUAAUCAUUUGCCUUCAAGAUACAAGUUGAAUCAGACGUAACAGGCACCAGCGAAAAUGAGUUCAGAAAAGUCAAUGUAUGUCUCUGACAAGAAGGGAAGUGAUGAUGCAGGCGAUGGUUCCGAGCAGAAGCCUUUCAAAACAUUACUAAAGGCUAUGAAAGCAUCAGGUGAACCGUUUCCCAGGUUUCUGGUGGAUUCCACAAAAGAAGGACAGAGAUGGGAAGAGGUUUCUCAAGCUCAGCGAAAGAAAGUUGCUAAAAUAUAUGCGGCGGAGCAACGAAAGCAAACAGACAGAGACGAGAAAGAAGCAGAAAAGGCUGAGCAGCGAGAGCGUAAUCUGGAAGAAGCGAAGACGAUUACAAUUGUGGAGGACUCCAGUUUACCAAAGCCUGAGAAGAUUAAGAUUCGAGAUGCAACAAAAAAGAGGGGUAUUCGCAUUAAAGUACAAGGAUGGGUACAUAGGCUACGUAGACAAGGAAAAUCUUUGAUGUUUCUUGUGUUGCGUGAUGGUACCGGAUUUCUACAAUGUGUCCUCAAUGAUAAACAAUGCCAAACAUACAAUGCUUUGAUACUUGCAACGGAGAGUACCGUCACCCUGUAUGGCGUCAUUAAACCUGUCCCAGAAGGCAAACAGGCACCAGGAGGUCAUGAAUUGACAUGCGAUUUUUGGGAGCUAGUGGGAUCAUCACCAGCUGGUGGAAUGGAUAACGUUGUCAAUGAAGAAUCCCAUAUUGAUGUUCAGUUAGAUAACCGCCAUAUGAUGCUUCGUGGAGAAACACUUUCCAAAAUAAUGAAAGUGAGAUCAAGACUAACAGCUUGUUUCCGGCAGCAUUACUUUGAUAGAGGAUAUUACGAUGUCUGUCCGCCAACUCUUGUGCAAACUCAAGUAGAGGGAGGUUCAACACUGUUUAAACUCAAAUACUACGGAGAGGAGGCCUAUCUGACACAAUCUUCUCAACUGUAUCUUGAGACGGCUAUACCAUCGAUGGGAGAUGUCUUCUGUUUGGCUCAGUCAUUCCGUGCGGAACAGUCCCGCACACGCCGUCACUUGUCAGAGUACACCCAUGUUGAAGCGGAGUGUCCAUUUAUUACAUUUGAUGACCUGCUUGAUCGUAUUGAGGAUCUCGUUUGCGAUGUAGCUGAGCGUGUGAUGAAGACACCGGAAGCAGAGUACAUUAAAGAAUUACACCCGGAUUUUGCUGUUCCAAAACGUCCAUUCAAACGUAUGGACUAUGCAGAUGCUAUUAAGUACCUUAAAGAAAAUGACAUCAAGAAAGAAGACGGAACAUACUACGAGUUUGGAGAGGAUAUACCUGAGAUGCCAGAACGUAAGAUGACUGAUAAAAUCAACGAGCCUAUACUGCUGUGCCGCUUUCCUGCCGCCCUCAAAUCCUUCUACAUGCAAAAGUGCCCAGAGGACAAAAGGGUGACUGAAUCGGUUGAUCUUCUAAUGCCAAACGUAGGUGAAAUUGUAGGGGGCUCCAUGAGGAUGUGGGACAGUGAUGAACUACUAGAAGGUUACAAGAGAGAGGGCAUUGACCCUACCCCAUACUACUGGUACACAGACCAAAGGAAGUAUGGUACUUGCCCUCAUGGAGGCUAUGGACUUGGUCUUGAGCGCUUCCUAACAUGGCUUCUAAACCGCUACCACAUCAGAGACGUAUGUUUCUACCCAAGGUUCACCGAGAGAUGCAAGCCAUAAGCACGCCACUAUUCUAUGCUAAAUAUCAUGCGUGGACAAUAAUAUGUAUUCCAUCAAUAUACGGUAAUACUAUUUACUACCGGUCCAAUUACAGUUUGCCCUUAAGUAGUUGUUUUUGUUUCAUCCAUAGAAUUAUCAACUCAAUUUGUUUGUUGCUGUUAUAUUACAAAUAUGAAAACUAUGAAAUUCAAUUAUGAAAUGCAGUUGUAGGUUCACAUGCUUUUUUCGAUGUUUAACAAAUUAUACAAAGCCUUUAUAAAUUAAACUGAUAUGUAAAAGAAACACAUAUAAAAUCACACGAUUACAUUAUUCAAAAUACAAAAACAAAUCGUGGGAAAACACAAUUUUGAACAACUAUUUGAUUGUUGGUUACCACAUCUAAAUAUAUUCAUAUAAAGUACGGUACAUAGGUUAAAGAUUAGGCUAUAAAAUUAUUUAUCGAAUGAAUUAACUACUUGUUUAAUAUUGGAAAAAGGUAAAUAGAAAAGACACGGACAUUAACAAAUAAAAUGGAACAUAAAACAUCAAAAUUUAAAUAUAACACAAAUUCUAGUUUUAAGUACACAUUGUAGUGUAGCUGGAUUAUAUAAAAAAGUAUAAAAAAAUUUGUUGAAAAUUGAAUGUAAUAUGUUUGUCUUGUUCCUUUAUACUAAUAUGAAGUGAUACAAUUAGAUAUGCUAUAUCUCUACUCAGUAGAAGUCCUUGUAUUGUUUUUGAUUUUUACAUUGUUGAAUAUGAUAUUUGUAAUCGUUAUACUAUAGGAAUGAAAUGUGUUUAUAUUGAUUUUAGUUCAUAUAAAAUUUGCAUGAAUAUUUUAGAAUAGAUGAGUUUCGCAUAUUAUGCGCACUAUAGAAUGUUGAUUGAAUUCCGAUUGUCUAGCAACUGGCGCAUUAAUAAUACAUCCAUAUGUAAUUAAUUGGUAAACCACUGGUUCAUCAUAAAGGUAUCAUACUAUACAAUAUAAAAAGAGUGGUUCAAUGCAAUUUAACUAUUUCCGAGUAAAAAAUCGCUCUUAAAAGUUCAAUUGUUUAGACUCUUCCUAUUUCACUCGCUUACACACUGUUUCACUUUAUUUACUCGUUUGCAUUUACAGAGUAAUUUAAUAUUAAAAAAGCACUUAUACAUUAGUUCUUAGUACCUAAAAAAUCGCUGCACUGCCGCUUCAGUGUGUUCACUAAAAUCGUUCUACAGCGUAGCUGUCUCCGACCCAAUUGGGGAGGCUCCCUAAUUCGACCGACCAAUCAGCGACACCAAAAGCUGUCGGCGUUAGCCUGUAGCGAUUUUAUGGAAACCAGGCUUAAGAAUCUUAUAAAAUCGUCAAUACACAAUCAUAUUGCUACAGUUUUCAGCUUUAAAAAAAUUUACUUCAUGUCUGUAAAAUAAAUUCACAAUAUUUGAAUAAAUCGAGCAAUUUAAUUCAGUGUGCAUUA